ACUAAUGUAAUUAUCUAACAACUAUUCUAAUUGUUCAGGGGUCAAAUUUGUAAAACCCACUAAUUUUUUUUUUUUUUUUAAUUAAAAACUUGGAAGGCCUUUCCGGCUUAUUUUUCUCGUUCGGCGCCCACUUCCUUUAUGUUAGCAAAACAAUCAAAAAAAAUAAAAUCACAACACUCCCAAAAAUCCACAAAACAGAAGUAGCAUAAACAAAAAACCCUAACCCUAAGCCUAUAUAGAAACCACUUUCUCUUUUUCAUCCCGAUAAAAACCCCGAGCCCAAAAUUAUUCAUCAUCAACAACUACAGCAUUCUCUCUCUUUAUUCCUCUCUUGGUUUUCCCCAGAAAAAAGCUUCAUUUUCUUUCAUCAAAUCAAAUCUUUCAAUUUUCAAUUUUUUAUUCUUCAAAAAAUUAAUUUGUGAAUGGUAGAAAUCCUCAAGAACUUGUUAAUGAUCUCCCCUUUAACACCAAAAAGGGGGGUCUCUGUUUCUUCUGCUUUCUCUUUUGGAUCUUGCAAAGAAGGCUGGUACUUUCGCUGCAUCGGCGUUGACCCUUAAGCCACUCUCUCCUUUUUGUCAAAAUUCAAAAUCUUGAUUCUUUUGCUAUUUAUUUUUGGUUUAAUUGAAAAAAUAAAUUUUCGAAAAAAAAAAUUGGAAUUGAAAAAAACAAGAUGUUGCUUUACAAGCCAAAGAAGAAUCAAGCCGGAAAAGGGAACCGGAUUUUGAUUAGUAUAACGGUUCUUGGAAGUGCCGGUCCGAUCCGGUUUGUGGUUAAUGAAGAGGAACUUGUGGCUGAUGUUAUUGAUACUGCAUUAAAAUCUUAUGCACGUGAAGGAAGGCUUCCAGUUCUUGGUUCUGAUUUCAGUAACUUCGUGCUUUAUUGCCCCACUGCUGGUACUGAAGCUUUGUCUCCAUGGGAGACUAUUGGAGCCCUUGGAGUUCGUAACUUCAUGCUGUUCAAGAAGUCAUCACCGGUCAAGAACGCUACGGAAGAUGGGAAACAAUCACCAAUGGUCCGAAAGGGUGCUGGAAGCUGGAAGGCAUGGUUUAAUAAGUCGGUCAGUCGCAAGAUAGUGUCUCACGCGGCCUACUGAGAUCUCUGUGUCUGUUCCCUAUUUUUCCAAUGUUUGCGCUAUCGCAUGGUUGCGUUUUGUGUUACAUGCGACCUAAUAAAUCAGUGCAGUAUUUGUGUUCUUAAUAAAGACGAAGUAAAACCUGUCAUUUACUUUGUCAGCUGUUAGUUCUCGAGUGUGUUCAGUGUGUUUGUUUUGUUUGAACCAGUUAAAAGUCUUGUUGGUUUUUCAGCUAUCAAAUGAUAAGGGAACAUUUUCUAUGAAAGGAAUCAUUUUCUCUUUCCA